GAUGAAUUGGAUUAAUUUCGAUUCGGUCAGUUUUUGUUACCUCAUAGCAUACCUACACAAAAAAUGAGGUAUUCUCUUUUUUCACUUGUAGUCUUCUAUCUGCUAGAUUUCCCUUUUUGUAAUUCGCAAUGCCCAUGUUCCGAACCAUGCGGUAGUCCUCCUGUUUGCAAUUGCCCCCCUGUGCCUAAAGCUCGGUGUAAAAGAGAAAUCAUCGACCCAUUCUAUUAUCCUCAUCCUGGUACAUGGUAUCAAGAUUCGACAAGUGGAAAAUACUACUUCAGUUUGGGCAAAACGGUGUUCGUCCAGAGAUCCGAUGGAUUUUACUCAAAAUGGGUGACCUCUGGAGACGGAGCUGAUUGGUCAUUGAACGAUAACUAUCUAUGGCGAUGGGAUAACAAUGGAAGAUGGUUUCCUCUGAAAGAGGAUGAUGGCGACGAAUUCAAAGAUACUUGCUCGAAAUUCCAAUUGCCAAUUAAGUGCAUGGGAACUGAAUGUCCCGAGCAGAUUCGGUUCCCUUCGAACGGGGUGUGGUACGUAACAGGCGGAAAAACCAUAUACAAAGAUGACACUAAAGAAAAUAAAAGAUACGAGCUGCAGGAUAAUGGAUUGUAUCGUAAAUUCAAGGGAGAUGUCCAAAUUUGCCCUGAGUAUUGGACAUGGAACAUGACCACUGGCGUCUGGUACCAUAUUGAAGGCUCGUCAGGAAUAUCAGCUUGCCAAACCGAAGUUGAGGAUACCACAGUGAUUACUGGACCAACAGGUGAAAGAGAGGGACUUCUUAAACCACCAAGAAAAGUGUUUAGCUAUUGAGGAAACAUAAUGGAGAUCACGUGUCGUUUUAUAUAAUUGAUUGAUUUAAUUUUCAACGUUUUAAAUAAUAUAUGUUUAUAUAGAA